UAAAGGUGACAAAACCUAAACCAUUGUUUUGGGUAAACAGAUAAAACCUCAACUUCACCAAAAUUCAAACCAUUAGUACCAGCGGAACCCAACUUGGGAAAGACAAAUCUCUGUUGGCCUGUCCAACGGAAAAGAAAGUGGACUACUGAAAGGAAAAUUCAAAAAGGGAGACAAAGAAAAAAGCUUUCCCUUUUACCAAACAAGCGAAGGAAAAGUGAAAUACUGUUGAGAAUUUUUCUUUGGAUUCCAUCACUUUGAUCUCAUGCUCUCUGCGGCUCUGCAGCUUUGUUCCCAAUUUUGUGAUUUGGGUUUGUAAACUCAACCCAGAAACGUAGUGGGUUAGGUUUUGAAUCUGGUGUGGAGUCUCAUUUGGUUAAGUUUUCUGGUGACUACAUUUCAAACAAGGUUAGUGGGUCUCUCUCUUUCUCGCUCUGGUUUUUCUUGUGUUUCUCAUAGGGGGGAUUCGGUGGGCUUUGAUGUGGUUUGGUUGCAUAAAUUGUGGAGAUCUGGUGUAACCUUUGGUGGGUCUCUGGCUUUUUCGGGUCUAUUACAAUACAAGACUAAAAGAGCAGAAAGUUCUGUUUGGUAAUUUCUGUGAGGAGGAAGAAUAUAGAUGUGGAAGACGGUGAUUGCAAUAAUCUUUAUUUUUGGAGAGUUCAGUAUAGAGAACCCAUAGUCUGGAUUUUGCAGUGUAAAAUUUAUAGGGAGAAACCCAAUUUGGGCUUGUGAGGAUUUAUUUGUUUGUGUUUUGUUUCAAUACUGUUUUUAGUUUCGGUUUCGGAGAAGAAGCUUAUCUAGCUAUUGUGGAGAUCUGGGACUUGUUUCAACUGUUAUGUCCCAUGAGGACUCCCUUUCCUUCCGAGUCUUGUAAAGAAACGCAGCUCAAUGCUAUCAAUCCACAAUCAUGGCUCCAGGUUGAAAGAGGGAAGCUUUCUAAACUCUCAUAUCAGACCCCAUCUUCCAUAGAAUCUCUUAUCAAAGUCCCGGAACCACCGAUUCUUCCAUUCUUUAAACCUGUUGAUUAUGUAGAAGUUUUAGCUAAAAUUCAUGAAGAACUCGAGUCGUGUCCUCCACAUGAGAGGUCGAGUCUCUAUUUGUUGCAGUUUCAGGUCUUUAAGGGCCUUGGUGAAGCUAAACUAAUGCGGAGGAGCCUUUGUUCGGCUUGGCUGAAGGCAAGUACUGUUCAAGAGAAACUUGUCUUUGGAGCAUGGUUAAAGUAUGAGAAGCCAGGUGAAGAGCUCAUCUCUGACUUGCUUUCUUCUUGUGGUAAAUGUGCAAACGAGUUCGUGAUGAUAGACAUUGCCUCUGAACUUUCCACUCAUGUAAAUAUUACUUCCCCUAUAGUUAUGGUACCAGAUAGGAACAUUGUUCCGAAAAAUGUGUCUUUUCAUAUUGGAGAUGAGAAAAUAGAUUGUGACAGGCAGAAGAUUGCCGAACUUUCAGCUCCAUUUCAUGCCAUGCUUAAUGGCUGUUUUACAGAGUCACUUAGAGAGGACAUAGAUUUGUCUCAAAACAAUAUUUCCCCUUUGGGUAUGAGGGUGAUCAAUGACUUCAGCCUAACAGGCAGUUUAAAUGAAGUUUCACCCAACCUUUUGUUGGAGAUAUUAUUAUUUGCCAACAAAUUUUGCUGUGAAAAGCUCAAGGAUGCUUGUGGCAGAAAACUUGCUUCUCUGAUUUCCUCCAGACAAGAUGCUGUGGAACUCAUGGAAUAUGCUCUUGAAUUGAAUUGCCCUGUCCUUGCUGUAUCAUGUUUGCAAGUGUUUCUACGUGAACUCCCCGACUCUCUUAAUGACAGUAAGAUAGUUGAAUUAUUAAGCAAUGCUAACAAGCAACAAAGAUCAAUUAUGGUUGGUUCAGCUUCAUAUUCUCUCUACAGUUUAUUAAGUGAAGUUGCCAUGAACCUAGAUCCCAAAUCAGAUAAAGCAACUCUUUUCUUGGAAUGUUUGGUAGACUCUGCUGAAAGUACCCGACAUAAAAUGGUGGUAUACCAUCAGUUGGGAUUUGUAAGACUCCUGAGGAAAGAAUAUGAUGAAGCUGAGAGGCUCUUUGAGGUGGCUUUAAAUGCGGGCCAUGUAUAUUCUGUCGUUGGAUUGGCUAGAUUGGGUGGCAUUACGGGCCGUAAACUUUGGUCUUGUGAGAAACUCAAUUCUGUCAUUUCCUCUGUUACUCCACUUGGAUGGAUGUAUCAGGAGAGGUCACUAUACUGUGAAGGUGAUAAGAGGUGGGAAGACCUUCUGAAAGCGACCAAGUUGGACCCAACACUUACUUACCCCUACAUGUAUCGAGCUGCAUCCUUGAUGAGAAAACAAAAUGUUGAAGCUGCCCUUGCAGAAAUAAAUCGUGUUCUUGGGUUCAAACUGGCAUUAGAAUGCUUGGAACUCCGAUUUUGUUUCUAUCUGGCUCUUGAGAACUACCAAUCAGCAUUUUGCGAUGUUCAAGCCAUUCUUACUCUUUCUCCCAGUUAUAGGAUGUUUGAGGGGCGAGUUGCAGCAUCCCAAUUGCGUACUCUUGUGCGUGAACAUGUUGAGAAUUGGACAACGGCAGAUUGUUGGCUCCAACUGUAUGAUCGAUGGUCUUCAGUUGAUGAUAUCGGAUCCCUCUCUGUGAUAUACCAGAUGCUUGAGUCUGAUGCAGCGAAAGGAGUUCUUUACUUUAGACAGUCUUUGCUUCUCCUAAGAUUGAACUGUCCGGAUGCAGCCAUGCGAAGUUUACAGUUGGCUUGCCAGCAUGCAUCUAGUGAACAUGAACGUUUGGUAUAUGAGGGAUGGAUCUUGUAUGAUACUGGUCAUUGUGAAGAAGGACUACGAAAAGCAGAGGAGUCCAUUAGCCAGAAGAGAUCUUUUGAGGCCUUCUUUCUGAAAGCUUACGCAUUGGCCGACUCUAGCCAGGAUUCAUCUUGUUCUUCUACUGUUGUAUCUCUUCUUGAAGAUGCCUUGAAGUGCCCCUCAGAUAGGCUUCGCAAAGGUCAGGCCUUGAACAAUCUUGGAAGUGUUUAUGUUGACUGUGGGAAGCUAGAUUUGGCAGCUGAUUGCUACAUUAAUGCCCUUAAAAUCCAGCACACCCGUGCCCUCCAGGGCCUCGCUCGUGUCCAUUUCCUUAGAAAUGAUAAGAAUGCUGCAUACGAGGAGAUGACCAAAUUGAUUGAGAAGGCGCAGAACAAUGCAUCUGCCUAUGAGAAGAGGUCAGAGUACAGUGAACGUGAACUCGCAAAGGAAGAUCUAGAGAUGGUCACUCGCUUAGAUCCCCUCCGGGUUUAUCCUUACAGAUACCGAGCUGCAGUGUUGAUGGACAAUCAUAAGGAGAAGGAAGCCAUAGAGGAAUUAUCAAGGGCAAUUGCAUUCAAAGCAGACCUUCACCUUCUACACCUCCGGGCUGCAUUCCACGAGCACAUUGGCGAUGUUCUAGGUGCCCUGCGAGAUUGUCGAGCUGCUCUCGCUGUUGACCCCAACCAUCAAGAGAUGCUGGAACUUCAUAGCCGCGUAAACAGCCAAGAACCAUGAGAAGGAAAACAGAAAAAUGGUAAAGACAUGGAAAAGGCAUAUCUUGGUGGUACAACCAGUGUGUAUUAUACCUGUGACUCUGAGUGAGCCUUGUGCAUGUAACAUCUAUGUCUCAUAUUCCUCUUAACUUUUUCCUAAAUUUUUGUAAUUUUUGGGAUUAUAGUUUAUUUCAUGGAAAUCAGCAUGCCUAUGUAUUUGUUUUCUUUUUCUUUUUUUAUUGAAUAUUUUAGAUGUGGCAUCUAGAACAAUGUAGAAUGUUCGUUCAUUUUUUUUAAUAGUUUAUUUGUGGAAUGGUCCU